AUGUGCGAAACACCAUCAUGUGUCUCAGAAGAUGAAAAUGAUUUAAAUAAAAAUGACAAUAAUAAAAAGAAAAAAUCAAAAGCAGCCUCAUUAGCAAAAGAUUUUAAAUCUCGUGCGGCAAAUUUAAUUCGUCGUCGAACAACCGAAGCAACAUUAAGUGAAAAAAGUUUAAUACCAUCGAGAGAAGAUGUACUCUCUUGG